AGUGCAAAAACGUAAACAAGAGAGAAGCUGGAAGAAUGGAGCAAACCGAAGCAGAAACACAAAAAAAUACUGUAGACAACGUUAACCCCGCUGAAAAACAGACCGGUAAAGCUACAGGAGAAGCUUCGUCACAGAUGUCAGAGGCCGGAGCCAUCUGUGAGCCGGAAGCUCGGUGGAGCAGAUUAAAGCUGUUCGACAAAGUGAUGCAGAAGAGUCUGGAUAAGUUCAUCGGCCAAGCCAGUUUUAACACAUUUGCCAGAACGUUUCGUCCACUGUACAAGAACAACCCCCAGAAGAUGGAGAGCAUUCACAGGCAGUUCAUAGAGGAGUUGCGGAGGAUUGUACAGGAGGACAUCAGCAGGUUGACUGAAGAAGGCAAGUUAGAGUCUAAACUGAAUGAGUUGGACAAACUGGAGAGUGCUGCCAAGAACAAUCUUGACCCUGCAUGGCGACCCAGUGGGAUUCCUGAGCAAGACUUUUGCAGCUUUUUGAAGCCAUACUAUAAAAAGCAGGAGGCCUACAUGCGGCUGGAGCUGAAAAAGAUCCAAGCGGAGAAUGCUGCCCUUGCGCAGAAAGUUCAGGCUGGCAGAGAGAGUGUUGCUCAGACUGAACAUUGUAUUUUAACCACUGUUGAUGAGUGGAAGGCAUCUGUCACAGAGUUUGAAAGGAUGAAGUCAAAUCUCUGCCCCUCUGGUGUCAAUGAUUCUGGUAUCUUUGAUGUGUGAUCUUCGAGUUCAAGUUAUUUUACCUGCAGAUAUAUGGACUAAAUUAAAAAAACAUGUACACUGGCGGGUACAAAGGAUUAUUUUGCAGCUUGUUCCUCUGCUACUGGCUGCAGAGCUCUCACUCAAUACUGGACCAAUUCCAAACAUAUUUGUCCCCA